AUGACGCCACUGGCCUCUCUCUCUCUCUCGUUGGAGGGUCCGUCGCUGAUCACAGCACACGGAGAGAGAGCCAACGCCGAGCGAGUUCGGCGGCGGGCGGCUGACUGCGGAACCAGAGAAACAGAAAAGGGCCCUCUACUUGUGCUAAACUGCCCGACCGACCGACGCAGCCGUGCUGCUUUAUUUUUGCCCAACGGCAACACAACAAUGGAAAAGACGUAG